CUCCCCGUCGACCCAUACGUCGCCCACACUCGUUCGACUUCGACGUGCGGACGUCAGCACUGUGUAUAUAUGCGGAAGGAUAAGGGGAAGAUCCGUGAUAUGAGCCUUUGACAGUCUUCCCUGAGGGUGGUGCACAGCCAGGAGUCGUGCGCGAAGGUCGUACGCGGUCGAAUUCGUCCGAGAGUCUCGCGGCGAGAUAUUGAAAAACCGGAAAAUCCGCAAAUGGACGGCAUACGUCGCGGCGUCGUCAUCCUGGCGCUCGUCUGCGCCGCGGCCGUUCUGGCGAACGGCUACGCGCUGAACGUCGCCGAGCAGCCGCGGGACGGCGACUACGUCACCACGUCCUACACGCACUACGAGGACCUGCGGCGGCUGUUCGACUCCCUCGCGCGCCGCUACCCGCACCUGGCGCGGGUGCUCUCGAUCGGGAAGUCGGUGGAGGGUCGCGACCUCCUCGUCCUCGAGAUCUCGGAGAAUGUCGGGCGGCGCGACCCCGGCGAGCCCAUGGUCAAGCUGGUCGCCAACAUGCACGGCGACGAGGCCGUGGGCAGGCAGUUGCUCGUCAUUCUCGGCCAGUACCUCCUGGACCGUUACGGCAAGGACGAUCGCAUCACCCGGCUGGUGAACCGCACGGACAUCUACCUGAUGCCCUCCAUGAAUCCGGACGGUUUCGAGACUUCGGUGGAGGGUAGAUGCGAGUCCAAGGAUGACUUCUCGGGCAGAGAGAACGCGAAUCACGUCGACUUGAAUCGGGACUUCCCCGACCAGUUCGACAGAAGGCUCAGUCAGCUGAGGAAGGGCAAUGCCAUCCUGAAGGGUCGCCAGAACGAAACGGUGGCCAUGAUGACUUGGAUCUCCAACGAGCCUUUCGUGCUCUCCGGGAAUCUUCAUGGCGGUGCUGUGGUUGCCAGCUAUCCAUACGAUUCUGGUAUCCCGAAAGCGUGCUGCAUAGAAAGUAAGAGCCCGGAUGAUGAUUUAUUCAAGUACCUCGCUCAUGUUUACGCGGACAAUCAUCCACAAAUGCGCGCAGGUGACGCCUGUCCACCAGAGAUAUUCCGAAGCGGCGUUACAAACGGAGCAUAUUGGUAUGAAGUAAUUGGUGGAAUGCAGGACUACAAUUACGCCCGCUCCAACGCAUUCGAAAUAACGUUCGAGCUGAGUUGCUGUAAAUAUCCACCGGGAUCAACGCUACCCGAGCAGUGGUUACUAAAUAAAGAGUCUCUGAUUAAAUAUUUGGAGCAAGUGCAUAUUGGAAUAAAGGGUUUUGUACGCGAUACGAACGGUAAACCGAUCAACAAAGCAAACGUUGUUGUGGAGGGAAUAAACCAUAAUAUAACAACGUCGGCCGACGGCGAGUAUUGGCGCUUACUGCUUCCUGGAACUUAUUCGGUUUAUGCCAUUGCAUGGGGAUACGAAUCCAGCGAUCCAGCAACUGUAACUGUAUUAGAAGACGCACCGACGAUUCUUAACUUUACAUUAAGCGGCAGAGAAGUGUAUGAACAAGGGGAAGAGAGUACGGUCGACGAAGUGGUAAGGCCCGUCGACAAGUACGGCUUUUACCACGGCGUGGAGUUCAAGCAUCACAACUACGUCGAGAUGGAGCGAUACCUGAAGCGGUUGCGCGCGAAUUAUCCCGGUAUCACGCGGCUCUACAGCAUAGGGUCGUCCGUGCAGGGUCGCGAGCUCUACGUUAUGGAGGUCACCAGUAAUCCCGGCGUCCACAGCCCGGAGAAGCCGGAGGUGAAGUACGUCGGGAAUAUGCACGGGAAUGAGGUGGUCGGCAGGGAAAUGCUGCUGCUGCUGCUGAGGUACCUCUGCGAGAACUACGGCACCGACGCGAGGGUCACGCGGCUGGUGGAGACCGUCAGGCUCCACGUGCUGCCGAGCAUGAACCCGGACGGGUACGAAAUCUCCAAGGAAGGCGACAUUUACGGGGCGAAAGGCAGAGCGAACGCGAACGGCGUAGACCUCAAUCGAAACUUUCCCGAUCAUUACGAAAUCAACGAUUUCAAUCGGCGUCAGGAACCCGAGACCAAGGCGGUGAUGGACUGGAUAGCGAGAAUCCCGUUUGUACUCUCCGCUAAUCUUCACGGGGGAGCGUUAGUCGCGAAUUACCCUUACGACGACGGACCGGACGAGUUGGGGUCCAACGUCGCGAAUCGAAGCCCGGACGACGACGUCUUCCGUACGCUGGCGUUAACGUAUUCCAACGCUCAUCCCCGCAUGCAUCUCGGCCAGCCGUGUCCGCCGAUAGUGAACGACGCCUACGGCACGAAGACAGUCCUCGAGGAGCGUUUCCCGGAGGGUAUAACGAACGGCGCCGCCUGGUACUCCGUGCCCGGCGGCAUGCAGGAUUACAAUUACCUGCACAGCAACGACUUCGAGAUCACCCUGGAGCUCGGAUGCACGAAGUACCCGAACGUCAGCGACCUGCCGAAUUACUGGCUGGAGAAUAGGGAGCCUCUUCUGCGUUACGUCGAAUUGUCUCGCAAGGGUGUACACGGCAUGGUGAGUUCGUCCAUCGGCACCCCUAUACCCCAUGCAAAGGUCUCGGUUGAAGGUAGAAAGCACGAUAUUUAUACGGGCGAGAAGGGCGGUUAUUGGCGACUACUGGUACCAGGGCGAUACAAUAUAACCGUCAGCGCAGUGGGAUACGAAUCACUUAUGCAGACUGUCGAUGUACCGGCAUACGGCGAAAAUGCCGGGGACGGAGAAGUGACUCUGGACUUUACGUUAAUGCGUGACGACCCUCUGCACUGGUCAUCUGCAUACGAUUAUGGAUUGAGGGUAAACUUGCAGAAUGGCUAUUUAAAAAAUUCCGACCUGAGCGCCAGAUUCAGCCAGUUGGAAAAUCAUCAGCCCGACACCGCAGAAUUUAUAGCCGGUGAUUCGUCGAUCAGCAUGGCCAUUCAUUCACUGAAAAUCACGCAUAAUAUGGGAUCACCCGACGAGAAUAAAUUUCGCAUCGCAUUGGUGGGAGGACUGUUUGCCUCCCAGCCGGCGGGCAGGGAAAUUCUAUUACGCUUGGCGACGCAUAUCCUUAAGGGGAACCAAAUUGGUGACCCGCCUAUCCAGAGACUGCUGGACGACGCUAUGCUGCAUGUCAUUCCUGGUGUCGAUCCAGGCUUCGAUAACGUGGAGGAGAGGAAGGACUGCAAUCCUACAGUCGACAACGAAAUAGGAGAGAAGUUAUUGGAGAACGUUGAGCAGACGGAUAAAGUUACGAAUGCGUUUAGGACAAUGUUGCAGAAUGAAAAUUACGACGUCGUUGUGAUGCUGGGAGGUGGCGCCUCGCAAAUCAGUUAUUCGAAUGACGAUCUCAACACGUUUAAAACACUCGCCGACACCUACGAGCAUUCGAGGCACAACGAGAUAUGCAGCCAGUCAAGCAACAGUACGCAACGUUUGACGAAUUUCAUACAGCGCAUUUACGACACGCCAGCGAUGAGCGUGAGUCUGUCGUGCUGCAAGUAUCCGCCCGCGGACUCGAUCCCCAUCAUUUGGCGCGAGAACCUGCAACUGCUUAUGGGGCUGGUGCAGAGUCUCGCGAGCGGAAUCCGCGCGACGAUAACGGACAAGUAUGGCGCUCCGCUUCGAGAGGCCGUCGUCAAGGUCGGAGGGAGAAUCUACGGCGUGUCGCACAACAUGGCUUACUUCAAAGCGAUCCUGGUGCCCGGCGAGUACACGUUAACGAUCUCCUGCGAGGGCUACGUCUCGCAGACGCUAAAAGUACCCGUGCAACGACAAAGCGUGACGAAUCUCGACGUCAAGCUGGCGCAGGACACGACGACGCUCGAGAAUAACCGCAAGAGACCACUCGAGAAGAUGAGCUUCGUCAACCGCGCUCUGGCCGAGUUGAAUAUGAAGUAUUCGCGACAGACGACCCUGCACAGCGUCGGCAAAACCGCGAAGGGUGACGAGAUAAUGUGCCUGGAAAUCGGUGCCAACAACGACCAGAAACGAGCCGGACGACCCGCCGUCGUUUUCCUAGCCGGCGUCCUACGGGCGGAACCGGCGAUCGCCGAGAUGCUCCUGCGCUUCGCCACGUAUCUCCUGAGCAAUUACAAGAAGAACGCGACGAUCACGGAUUACAUAGACGACUUCUCCAUAUACGUGGCUCCGGAAUUCUCGCCCGAGCCCAACGAGAAUCCCACCUGCUCGCCGCAGCUGAAAGGCCUGCAGUUCCCGAUUCACGAGACGCUGAACGGAGAGGCGGCCACGAUCGCGAACUGGCUGACGGACGUGAACGCCGUGCUGGCCGUGAAUCUCAACAGCGGCUCGCGGCACAUCGAGAUCCCGUUCGAUCGUGACUACGGAAAUACUCUCGGCGAGCGAAAGAACGAGAGCGACGAGGAUUUGCUGUGGCACUUGGCGUCGGUGUACGCCAACGCGAGGACGGGCAAGCUGUCGGCGAGCGCGAAAUGCGAACAGGACUCGAGCGUCGGCGACAACAGCGUGAUACGCGCGGCGGUGGGAAUCGGCGGGAAGAGAGGUCAUCCCCUGAUGGAUUACGCCUACUUCAACACGAGCACCUUGAUGAUAGACGUGUACGUCACCUGCUGCACCAACGAUCAGUCGACCGUCGUAUGGCAGGAGAACAAGGACAGUUUGCUCGCCUGCGUGCAGGAGUUGAAGAGGGGCGUGAGGGGAUACGUCACCGAUGAGGAGGACGAACCGAUCGAGAACGUCGUCCUGUCGUACGACAGGUCGCCGCACCAGAUUAAGAACACCAGGUCGGGCUCGUACUCGAUUUUACUGCCGCCUGGAAGUCACAAUAUAACGGCCACGGCGCCCGGGUACCACGCGGAGACCAGACUCAUCUCCGUGCUCUCGUUCGAGGCGAAGAGAUUCUCCAGAUUGAUGUUCAAGCUCGUCCGCGACGACAGUAUCAUGGGAAUGCCUAGGCUAGUAUUCAUCAUAAUAACGGGUAUGAUAUGCUUCGGCGUCGUGUUCUGCUUCACAUGUAUCUGCGCGAGGUGUCGGGAAGACACGGAGAAGAGCAGAAAGGGAUACGCGUUCAGCUUGCUGCAAGACGGCGGUAGCUUCUUCGACGACGACGAGAAGGAAAUCGAGAUAUUUCGAAGACCGGUAGACGGAUAUCCGUCGAACGACAAUGAAGUUACCAGACCGUAUUUCGAUGACGACAACAGUUCCGAGGACGGCAGUGAUUUGGAGUUUAUUCGGCCCGAGCAGGAUUGGAGCGAUGUAAAAUCGAGAAAGAAUACGUGACAGAAUGUUUUUGUGUGAUAUAUAUAUAUAUACAAGCAAUACAUGGUUGCACGCGAUAAAUUUAGCGGAUUUUGUAUAAUUUAAGUAGAUCUCCAACGAGAGAAGUGCAAUCUCUUUUUUUACAGGCAUAAAAGUGAUUUUAAAGUACUGAAAUUUACGAAAGUAAGAAUCCAGGGUCCAAGUACGGAAUAUGUACUUAUAUUUUUGCUGCAUUUCUUUUUCCGAAAGGAAACCGCGCGUGUUACUUUCUGAUGAUAUUUACAUUAUUUUUUAAAUGUAUCCUGUACAAAAGUUUAAGGAACGGAAUGCAGUUUUUUUAUUAGAAGUGUGUAAGGGAUGUUAUUUAAAUACGUAAAAUUAUAUCAGGGUUAUAAAUGAAAUAAGAGAGAAAGAGUUCUUUUUGAAUUGUUAACUUUUGCAAUAAUAGAUGUAGACGGAAAAUGUCAGUGUUCAAGAGACUACUAUAUGUACAAUAUCAUAUUAAGACUAUAUCACGUUAAGAACAAACAUGAAUGUUAAAAAAAUGUGAGACAUUUAGCUGUUUGUUCUCACUUUAAUAUUAGCUAGGAUUUAUGAUAAAUUUUUCUUAUUUAUGCACAGCAGCUUUAACUUAAUUACGCGAAUGUUGAAAUCCAAGAAGUGUUUUUUUUUCUAUUUUUUUCUAUUUUUAAUUAUCUGAAUUAAUAUAUCUCUGAGAAAAAGAGAAGUGUGUAAUUUAAAAAAAAAAUUACUUAGACUUCUGCAUAUCUUUUCACAUUUGUAGCAAAUAUUUAAACGAAUAAUUUAACGUUAAUUUGCGCAAAGAUUCUCCGUAUGCAGGUCAUUCCAAUAUAACUAAAGAAAUACUAAGAAAUAGUGUUUGGUACUUAUAAUUUAAUUAGCAGUCUUUUGGUACUUAUCUUUUUGUUUUAAGAUUUAGAAAAUUAGAGAGCAGUAAAUUAUAACAGUUGUAUAUGACUAAGUCUUACGUCAUUUAGGGAUCUUAAAACAAGCAAAUCUUUCUGUUCAGCCAAAAAUGUCUAUAGAAUAUGUAAAUAUAUUAGAAGAUUUUAUAUCAAAGUUUUACAUAAGUAAGAAAAAAGUAGUGGAAAGAUUCUUUUGCUUGGACCGUUAACUUUUAUAUCAUGUAGAACAUAUGAAUCAUUUACAUAUAGGCCUCUCUAUGAAUUUGUAAUAUGAUACAAGUCAUAGUUAUACUCCUGUGACAGCAAUACACGCCGUAAUUUUAUAGAUUGUUAAAUGGUUUCGUUGAAGAACUUUUCUAAUUGGAUAAAAUAUUAUAGUAGCGAAACGAUCUUGUAGUCUCAUUCGCGCACAAAGUUAUGUAAAUCGGAAUUUCGUGUACAACGAAAUCGUAAAUUUCGUCCGUAAGUUAAGAAGACAUGAAAAUAUAACGCUGCGUUUUAAUUAUUUCUCAAAA